GUCAGGCAUCACUCCCCGAUGCUCUUCUUCUUUCCUUCUCAUCUGCAUACACGCUGUGACAUUUCUCAAGCACACCCUUAGUGAUAUGUAAGUAAGUCCCGUUGCCAGUCCUCUGCCUUUGGCGCCACAAACUGUAGAUAUAUCACUUCUAAACGACGUUGGAAACCAGCAGCACUGAGAGCGGUCUGUUGAGCUUCCUGUCUUUUGAGUCAGUACAUGCAGCUCAAAGUGGGAAGGCAAUAGACAUCUUGAGCUAUAUGUCAUCAUACUGAUGGACUGUCAGAUGUCAAGUUCCAGAUUCCCUUGAAAGCACCAGGAGUUUAUGACAGCACAGUGCAGCUGAAACAAAAACAUUAGAGAUUUUUUAACAGUCGGAAGGUUUAAUGCAAAGGAAAAUGUCAUCCUCCAUUUCAAUGGUGCUGCCUCUUUUUCUCACCCUGAUUAUCCUAAUUGUCCUGCUGAUUUUCUUGUACAAGAAAUUGAACAGGGACGCAGAUGGCGAAUAUACAAUCCGGCGCAUAGUAUACAAGGAAGGUGGGGUCAGGGAUUGGGUGAGAGGGGCAGCAUUAGCUGUGGAAACACAUCUAGGCGUCCAGCUGUGGCCUCACGGUGAUGAUGCAGGGGAAGAGAUGCAGGACGUUCAUGAUGAGGAGGGCGAAGUGGAGGCUAGUGAUAACCAGCAGGGGAGUGACACGGAUGGAGAGGAUGAACAAGAGGAGGAUAGUGUGGACCACUCUGGUAGCACAAAGGAGAAAGAAGGGGAUAAAUCAAGUGUGGAGAGUUCAGAGGCAGGAGAGCAAGAUAGGUUGAUUAAUAAUAAACCAGAGGUAAAGGAGGAGGUGGAGGAUAAAAGCAAGGAAAAGAAGGAGGAAGAGGAACAAGAAAAAGGUAAAGUAGAAGCAAGUGGUGGGACUGGAUUGUUGAUAGACCUAAAUCAGUUCUCUGGAAGUGCUAUCUGGUCUGAAGAGGAAGGAGGUGAGGGUCAGGGCCAUGAUGUGACUGCACUGUGAAAACACAAGCAGAAUUUGUCUAACAGGGAGGUGUGAAAAGGAUUUUUUUAAUGGAGUGGAUGUCACUAUUCUAAGUAAGCCAUGGUGAAAGUCUAAAUAUUGGAAAAUAGAAAUAAAACUUAGAAAACAAUGUCAACAUAGCUUUUCCUCAUUCUGUUACAUCUUUUAACGUAAUGCCUUUGAUGUUGAGUCAUCACGAGAAAAACAUGAUGGAUGAAUGAAGCUGUUUUAAAUAUGCAUUUGAAUGUUCCUUGUAAAGUCUGUGUAAAGUUUGUCACUUUGACUAAAACAUGUUUUUAAUCCUUCAAAUGUUUAUGGCAAUUUUUAUAAAAAUGUACAUCAAAAUAUAUUUUAUUUUGUUUUGUUGUGACACUGUUGUUUGCUUUGUCAUGUGUCAAAAUAUGACAUCUCUGACAGUAGAAUAGUUUAGUCUUUUGGGAGGAAACAAAGAGAAAUGUCCACCUUUUCAAUGUAAACUGUUUUAGAAUAUUUACUUAAGUAUGUUGUAAUUGCCUCUCUUUGACUGUUUUGUAAAAGAGUAGGCUAAACAACUACUGAAAAGGUAACCGUUAAAUAAUAAUAUAAAUACUUUCUGUCACAAGAACAUUUUGAAACAAAGUAUUAACAUACCCAAACUGGCCGCGUCAUACAAUGCUCAUUAUGUAUAUGUUGCUACAAAACGAACCAUACUUUUCAAAUUUCUAAUUUCAUAACUGUAUUCAUUUAAAUAAAAGUUUUUUAAAUAAUCAAAA